AUGAUAAAUGAUAUAAAUACCCUAAUUAAUACAAAGCCGUUAGUGAUUGAUGGGGCCCUUGGCACCCAAUUAGAAACAAAGUUCAGUAAAUUAUUGCAACAAGAUAAUAUUAAUAUUCAGACUCAUCCACUAUGGUCCGCACUUGUUCUUCUCAAAAAUCCGGAACUAAUUCAAGAAGUACAUUAUGAUUAUAUGUGCAGUGGGGCUAAUAUUAUUACAACGUCUACUUAUCAAGCAUCUAAAAGGGGUUUAUUAGAAUACGCUCCCGGUAUUGAGAAUGAUGAUGAAGUAAAUGCCGUAUACGAUAAGGCAAUUGAGUUAGCGGUAGAUGCAAGAUCACAAUACUUAGAAAAUAUGGGUAAAGGUAUGAACACUUUGACGAAUAAAGAAAUCUUUAUCUGUGGUUCAAUAGGUCCAUUCGGAGCUUACUUGGCCAAUGGUGCAGAAUACACCGGUAAAUAUGGGUCACAUAUAACUGAACCGCAAGAGUUGAAAAAAUUCCAUUACGACAUAACAAGUCAAUUUAUAAGUAAUCCUAAAUGUGAUAUAAUUGGAUUUGAAACUAUUCCUAAUUAUUCAGAAUUCCAGCAAAUUGUACACUUAAUGGAGGAAUUAUUGCAGAAAACGAAUAAGCCUUUUUAUAUAAGUUUGAAUUUCAAGGAUCCUAAGACAAUUUGUGAUGGCACUCCGAUAACCCAAGUUGUUGACUACUUAAACGAAAGAUUGUCUAAUAACGAAAAAUUAAGGUCUGCAUUCAUUGGGCUUGGAUGUAACUGUGUUCCAUUAGAAAUAGCUACCAAUAUUCUUUUAAACAUGUCAGAUUUGAAUAAUGUUCAUAGAUUUCCUUUGAUAGCUUACCCUAAUGCUGGUUUGAACUACGACUUAUCGAAAGGUGAGUAUAGUAUUAAGAGUUCAGAAAAGCAGGUUUGGGAAGACUCAUGUCGCGAAUGGCUCGAAAAGUUAAACGUUAGAUUAGUGGGUGCUUGUUGUGGCAGUGGCCCUGACGAAAUAUUGACUAUUAGAGAAGUCACUGACAAAUUUGCGGGUCAAAGAUGA